ACCCCAUAUCUGGGCAGGGUAUGAGUGGAGUGUGUGAGCCACACAUUGUCACACCCUACCCAUACCUGGGCAGGGUGUGACAAUGUGUGGACCCCUAAAAACCCCAUAUCCAGGCAGGGUCUGACAGUGUGUGUGUGCCUAAAAACCCCUUAUCCAGGCAGGGUGUGAGUGGUGUGUGUGCCUAAAAACCCCAUAUCCAGGCAGGGUCUGAGCAGGAUGUGUACCUAAAAUCCCCACAGUACAGCAGAGCCCCUUUCAGGGGUGUCUAAUUUUGAGUUUUGGCAUCAGAUGCUGAAGUAGAGAGCUGUGGUCAGAGGCUGUUGUAAGUUAGGCAAAGCAUGAAGGAAGAAGUUGUAGUUUGUACUAAUCGAGGAAAAUGCUUUGGGGUGACCACAUUUUCCAGCUGUUCUGUGUCUGGAAUGUCUUUUCAGGCACAUUUCUACAAAGCUCCUCCAGGCAAGCUUAUAAAAUACUGUGUGUAAAGGUGAUCUCUCCCAUCUCCUUGAUUUAAUGUCAAGUGAUGUGUUUAGUAUGAUUUAUCUAAACAGCCUGGGCCUGGUUGUGCAUGUCUGAAGUGAGGCUUUACAGCAGAGACCACCUUGGCCUUACAUGACAAAAAACUUGGGUUUUCUAAAGUGCUGGCAAGCGCAUUGUACUUUGAAUUCUGCUUCUACAUAUAUCCUGCAAAGUAACUCUAUAUGUUGCUGAUUUCAGAGGUGCUUCCAGCUAGGCAUCUCUGGGAAAGGAUGUAGCUGAAUUCACCAAGCCAAAGCAAUAAGAAGUAUUUCAAACGCAGUGAGUUAGCUAAAAAGGAAGAGGAGGCCUAUUUCCAGAGAUGUGGCUACAAGGUACAGCAGCAGGAAGAGGAGGAGAAACCACUAGCUACAUCAAAUCCAGUGCUGGAACUCGAACUGGCAGAGGAAAAGUUACCAAUGACUCUUUCCAGACAGGAGGUUAUCAGGAGGUUACGAGAGAGGGGUGAGCCCAUCAGGCUCUUUGGAGAAACAGAUUAUGAUGCAUUUCAACGUCUGAGGAAGAUAGAAAUUCUUGCACCUGAAGUGAACAAGGGCUUGAGAAAUGACCUGAAGGCUGCUUUGGAUAAGAUUGAUCAGCAAUAUCUGAAUGAAAUUGUGGGUGGCCAAGAAGCAGGAGAUGAUGACUCCCAGAAUGACCUGAAAGUCCAUGAGGAGAAUACUACUAUUGAAGAGCUAGAGGCUUUGGGAGAAUCCUUAGGACGAGGUGAUGAUCACUAUGAUAUGGACAUCAUAACCAAGUUCUUGAAGUUCCUCCUGGGAGUCUGGGCCAAGGAGCUGAAUGCCAGGGAGGAUUACGUGAAACGGGGCGUGCAGGGCAAGCUGAACAGCGCCACCCAGAAACAGACCGAGUCCUACCUGCGGCCGCUCUUCAGGAAGCUCCGCAAAAGGACACUUCCUGCAGACAUCAAAGAAUCAAUAACAGAUAUUAUUAAAUUUAUGUUGCAAAGAGAAUAUGUGAAGGCCAACGAUGCCUACCUGCAGAUGGCCAUUGGGAACGCCCCCUGGCCCAUCGGCGUCACCAUGGUCGGCAUCCACGCGCGCACGGGCCGCGAGAAGAUUUUCUCCAAGCACGUGGCCCACGUGCUCAACGAUGAAACUCAGAGGAAAUACAUCCAGGGGCUGAAGAGGCUCAUGACCAUUUGCCAGAAGCACUUCCCAACAGAUCCAUCCAAGUGUGUGGAGUACAAUGCUCUGUGAGGCUCUGCUGGGACUCACAUUUUGGCCUCCAGCACCCAGAGGAUGCAAGAGGCAAACUUUGAGCCUGAACACCAACAAGAACUUGGGGUGGGCUUUGCAAAAAAAGCAGAAAGGAGGAUUUUUUUUUUUUUUUUUUUACAGCUUCCUUUUCCCAAGCCCCAUUGAUUUAGGUUUAUUUUGGAAUCUGUGCUUUUUGCUGAACACAUCCAAUGUACAGCAGAGGGAUGGGUUUUGAAGAGUGUAAGACCAAGACAAUGACCAAGGGACAAUGCACAUGACAACUGCUUUUAUUUCAGUUUGUUAUUCAGGGAACUGUGCAAAUUGAACUGUUUCCCAUAUUUCAGAGCUUUAGAUGAGUCUCAGCCCUGCAAGGAGCAUAUGUGGAGCUUUUUUUGGCUGCUUUUGCAUUGGAGACUGAUGUGGGGAGAUGAUUAGAGGGAAGCAGUUGAAUCUGAAUCUUGGUUAUUUCUGUAAAUAUAAAGACUUUAUUGGUUAAUCUUUCAUGUGGUAUUUAUCAGGAAUAAAAAAAAAAGGUUUAUGUAUUUCUCA